UUUCUAUACUCGCCCCUGCAGAAAACUGUGAGAAAUACGAGAAAUGUCAAAAUAGGUUAUAAAUAUAUCUCGGAAAUUUUUAAAUAUGAGUUUGGUCGCUUACGAUAACAGUAGCGAUGAGGAUGCUGACGAUGACGAAAUAUCCAUUAAAUCUGUUGAAAGUAAUGCUGAAAAGUUGGUUAAAAAUUCUAGAACGGUUAUGAACCUACCAGCUCCAAACGACGUCACUGGCAUAACAAAUUCUUCACUGGAUGAUGACAAUGAUAAGAAUUGUGAAUUGAAAGUGUCAGAGAUCCCUAGAUUAACAACAACCGAAAAGCUAACGCUUUUCAAAAAUUUACCAAAACCCAAACAAAUUGAAAUUGGUCCCACUGACGAAGUGGAGGAGAAUGUAACAUCUUCGUUGAACAAAACAAACAUAUCCCAGGAAAAGUUGGUGAAAAAAAUUCGUGCACCAGUUAAAAUAUCUCUACCCUCGCUGUCUGAGUUCAAAGAUGUUGAAGAAGAAAAAGAGGAGAAGAAGAGGCACAGAAUAAAACCUUCAGAGAAAGGAACAGGACUCUUUGCCAUUCUGCCUCCGCCAAAAGGAUCAAAAACGAAAGCCACUAUUAGAAGUUUGAUCCCUGAUGCCGUUAAAAAAGUAUCAAAGCCCUGGCCGGUGUUACGGUCAGAAAGAGUUGAACAAGUGUCAACUACGAUUUCAAGUGGAGAAACUAAGCCUAAUCUUACUUCUAUAACUCAUGACUCAGAUUCUGAUGAAGAAGAUAUUGGUACGAGAAAUGUCAAAGACAAAAUUCAAAAGAAUACAGUGGACUUUUUUUCAUUAGCGGAUAGCGGAAAAAUACAUCCAUGCAUUGAUGACUCUGAAAAGAAACUUUCAGAUCUUUUAAAAGAACCGCAAGAAGUUUCUCUUGAGUCGUGCACAAGUAAUACAAUCUUUGAAACUCUCACUCACACCCUCGCAGUGAAAGGACAUAACUUGCACAAUGAAAUACCGAAAAUGGGAAAUACCGUUCCUUCUUUGAUAGAAUGUAAAGAUGAAGGCACAAAAGCGGUUGAAUUUACAGAUAAAGUUUUAACAAGUAACGUAAUUAAUCUUCCUAAGGAAGAGAUAAUAAUGAAAAACAAAACAGAGGUUGGUCCCAAGUUACCGGUACCAGAGCAAGAAUAUAACGUUGAUUCGCAGGGCAAUGUAGCAUUCGAUGAUAAGGCUAUUCAAUAUUUGUGUGGAAGAAGAGGUAUGAAACGAAAAAAUAAAGACUUUGAUGAAGCAAACAUCAUUGAGAUAAACGGGGAAGAUAUUAAGCCGGAUGAGAGGGAAUGGCUCGUCAAAGCUUUGACCGAAGAACCAGCUGAGAGACCAGUUUCUAUGGAAGGAGCAGGCCCAAGCACACAAUCGAAGAAAAAACAUCAAAUUACCUACCUCGCUCAUCAAGCUAAGGCUAUGGAAGUUGAAUUGAAAAAUCAGUGGGCCCAGAAUAGGGUUACGAGAAAACAAACUCAAUCGAAGUACGGAUUUUAGACUGUGUUGUUUGGUUUUUUUCUCCACGAUCUACAGAAAGUGUGUGAUCAAACGUUUGAUAAUUGAAUCAAAAGAUUGCUCUCAAUUCUUAUCAGCUUUGGUAGGGAUGUCUACAUUGGUCGGUAAGGCAUAAAAUGAUAAAAUGACCAGGCUUUUAAUCAUGUUUUUAGUUAUUAAUCUAGAGUCGGCCAACAUAUACAGACUUUGAAUAAAUCACCAUUAAAAUGAGUUUCUAAUUGCUGUAA